AUGAAAUCAAUUCUAUUUGUGUUAGUCAUGCUUAUGAUUGUUGUAGGGGAGAGACUUAGCAUAAAUGACCCAAAAUGCUACAAAUAUUUCUAGAAGUUUGGAACAGCAAACAAUCCAGAUGGAACAGGUGCAUCUUUAGCGGCAUUUACAGGAGAUGUGUAAUUUGUGAACCAAGCUGAUGUAAAGGUGACCUUGAGAUAUUCAGACGAGAAACUGUUUAAUGAUCCAAUGUACUUUGGUUUAGUUUAAGAAGAUGGAAACCCAGAAGAAAAUACUUGUCUUGAUCUUAAAUUAUGGAAAUUUAGUUCUAAUUAAUACUCUAACCCAAUUUAAAUAACUGAUUUACCAAUAACUUCAUCAAACAAUUCUUAAAGAAAAUGGAGGUUUUACCACUUUACAAUCCCUCAAACAGAUAUAAAAAAAAGAUUACAAGAGACAUCAAAUUCUGAUUAAUUUAUCUACAAAGGAUAUUUUGCAAUUGGAUAUUAUGCUGCUAUUGUAGAUUAAUUAUAAUAUACUUUUUAUUUUGAAUUCUCUGUUACAAUUGAAAAAGAAACUGGUGUUGGAAUUGAUACCGCUUUUAAACCAUUUACUUCAUUUUCAACUUUUCAAUGCAUGAUAGAUUAACCUUGUAUAGCCACAGCUGAUACUUCCUUAAAAUGGUGUUCCGACUCUUCUUGCUCAAUUCCUCUUACAACUGCCCCAGACCUCCAUUUAAAUGAUCAAUUUGUUUUACAAUAAGUUAUAACAAGAUCUGGGAUGACUGGUUAUUAUUUAGUUGAAACUGAAGUCUGGUACACAGGCAAUGGAUUAUAUAAGAAAGCAAAACCUAUUAAUAUGAAUAAUGCAACUAAGGGAUAAGUUAUAAUCUAACUAAGAGCUGAAAUUGUAUGGCAAGCAGUCACAAUUCGAGUUACAUCUGUAUUAUCAACAUUUUAUGCAGGAGGAAGAAGAUUGUUAAUAUAAACUUAAUAUGAUCCUGUAACAGGAGAAACCAAUUAAAUUGAAUGUAUUAAAGCUGAAGGAAAAAACACAUGCGCUACAUGUGAAGAAGAAUGUUAAAUCAAUAAUUUUGCUAAAGAAGGUUGCCCUAAAUGCUCAUCCAUCUAAACUCAAAACUCAUCAAACUCAUCCACCUAAACUGAGAAUCAAUCCAACUAAAUAAACUAAACGGAAAAUCCAUCCUCCUAAACUGAAAACCAAUCUACAUCCGAAAAUCCAGCCACCUAAAAUGAAAAUUAAACCACCUAAACUCAAAAUUCAUCGACCUAAACUCAAGGCUAACCCACCUAAACUUAAAAUUCAACCAUCCACACUCAAAAUUCAUCCAACCAAACUGAAAAUUAACCCACCUAAACUUAAGAUUCAACCAUCUACACUCAGAAUUCAUCCAACCAAACUGAAAAUUAAUCAAACUAAACUCAAAAUUAAUAAAACUAAACUGAAAACUCAUCAUUUUCACUAUGGGUAGCAUUUGAUUUCUUGGCCUUAACGUUUUUAUGUGUGGUCUGAAAUAUACGAUUAAUCAUAUAUUAUAUUAAAAU